CAAAUCCCUAGUACUCUCUCUCUAGAAAAUUCUCUCUCUAAAUAUUUCUAUAUAUAUUCAACGCCCACGCUGCCAUAUGUUUGAAGGUGCGACCAUCAAACUCCAAGCAUCUUCUCUCUCUCCUCUCUUUUUUCCCUCUUUCUUUCUCUACAUUUCACACUCUUCUUCCUCGCGAACACCAUGACUAGAACCUUCCAUUCAAACAACGAUACGAAAAGUACAAUCAAAUUCCUCUAUAGCUACGGCGGUCAGAUUCUCCCUCGCCGGACCGACGGCGAGCUGCGAUAUGUCGGCGGCUACACCAGAGUCCUCGCCGUUGAUCGUUCAAUCACAUUCGCAGAGCUGAUGGUGAAAUUCGGAGAGUUGUGUGGAUCGUCGAUGUGUUUGAAGUGUAAAUUGCCGAAAGAAGACCUCGACGUGCUGGUUUCGAUCACAAGUGAGGAGGAUUUAGCUAGCGUGAUCGAAGAAUACGAUCGGACGGAUCAGGAUUUGAAGAUCAGAGUUGUUCUCUCCCCGCUCAAAUCCCUCAAAAAAAUCUCUCCUCCACCGUCCGCUGUUUCCAGCGUCAAUUUCAGUUCCUGGCCGUCCAAAUCGGCGCCGUACGCAGUUGCCGGAUUCUGUUCAGCGCCUCCACAGGCGGCGGCGAAACCAGCGUAUCGAUACGGUUGCCGGAAUUCAUCUCCAUUCGUUGGAUUCCCCGUCGGCGUUCAGCAACGCCGGUGCUAUCCUCUCUAUGAAAGAGAGAGUACUAGGUUCCUUGUUCCUCGUUAAAAUCGUUGUCAAUAACUUGAAAGAAACCCUAGUUUUGAAGCUAUGAUACUGAACACAUACGUAUAUGAAUACAUGAUUGAAUUUAUUACUUAAAAAAAAAAAAAAUUGAGAGUUCUGAGAAAUGAUUGGAUUGGAUUGUGAAUUGUUUGUUGUUUGAGGUAGCUCUUUGAUUCGACUGAGAGUUGCUUGUGAUCUGAAACCAAACAUUUCAUUACUCAAAAUCAAUUGCUUCCUCUGU